ACACACUAAACAAACAACAACAUGGCGCCGCGCACGUAACGUGCUUUUGACGACCAAAUUCGCAACAUUUGGUACGUUUUCUGUCACGUUGUUGCACCUGAACUAGAUUGCUCCACAUAAUCUCGCAGCCUGAGAGCUAGUGCAGGAAGCCAAUGAACAGUGACGUCUCGCAGUAGAAAUCGGGGGCAAGGCGCCAUGGCCGGAAUCGAGCAAUGGGUCAGCGAUCAGCUCCACUCGAUCCUGGGGCUCAGCGAUCGGUAUGUGGCACAGUUCCUCGUUCACUUGGCCAAGAAGAGCAGCUCCAAGCAAGACCUCGUACGCAAGAUCCAGGACACCGGCACGAUCACGGUCAACGAUCAGGUGGUCGGAUUCGUCGGCCAGCUCUACGACCAGGUUCCGCAUCAGGAGCAGCGUGAGAAACCGGCCAGGGCUCACGAGCGAGCCAUCAGGGAGGCCCUUGAGCAGAAUGCAAAGUAUGAGCUGCUUCCAGACAGUGACGACGAAGCCAGUACAGCUUCCGCCGUCAAGAAGAAAUCAACCAAAAAGCGCCACCUUCGGAAGAAAGAUACCACGGAUGACGCUAGCGACGAUGAGAGCCAAAGAGCAAAGCCCGACGACAAGAAGACGAAGGCCGAGCCAAGCUGGGAUUCGGAUCCCGAGGACGAGAGGCUCAAGGACUUGAAGGAGCGGGACGAGUUUGCUGCCAGGCUGCGGGACAAAGACAAGGAGAAGACGAGGAAUAUUGUGGAACGCUCCGACAAGAAGGCCUUUGAGGAGGCGGCCAAGCGGCUGAAGCUGGAGGCCGAGGACCGCAAGAAGAUCCUGCCCAAGCUGCGGGUGGAGUCCCGUCGCAAGUACCUCGAAAAGCGGAAGGAGGACAAGCUCAUCGAGCUCGAGGGGGACAUCCAGGACGAGCAGUUCCUCUUCUCCGACGUCAAGCUGAGCGAACGGGAGCGGAAAGAGCUCGAGUACAAGCAGAAGGUCCUCACCUUGGCCAAGGAGCACGAGAAGGCUCGCGAACUGCAGAAUGUCCAGCGCUAUCGCAUGCCCGAAGAGAAGAAAGGCAAGGACGACAUUGAAGAGUAUGUUGAGGUGGACGCCAAGGAGCAGGUGCCGCAAGCGGAACAGCGCAAGUGGGAAGAAGAGCGACUGGGCAUUGCCCAGCUGCGCUUCGGUGCCAGAGACGCCCACGAGAGACACAAGCAAAAGGAGAAAAAGUAUGAGCUGAUCUUGGAGGAUGCCAUCGAGUUCGUCCAAGCUCUCCGGGUUCCCGGGACAAAGGAUAAGCACAAGGGUCCCGAGCUCUCCGAGGGAGAGCGCAAAAAGCUCUCGUUACAAGAGACUCGGAGAAGCUUACCUAUCUUUCCCUUCCGUGAGGAUCUCUUGCAGGCCAUAGCUGAUCACCAGAUACUCAUCAUCGAGGGGGAAACUGGCUCUGGGAAAACCACUCAGAUACCUCAGUACCUUUACGAAGCAGGCUACACGGCAAACAAGAUGAAGAUUGGAUGCACCCAGCCGAGGCGAGUGGCAGCCAUGAGCGUUGCUGCCCGUGUCUCCGAAGAACUGUCAGUAAAACUGGGCAACGAGGUGGGCUACAGUAUACGAUUUGAGGACUGCACCUCGGAGAGGACGGUGCUCAAGUACAUGACGGACGGAAUGCUGCUGAGGGAGUUUCUUUCAGAACCGGACCUGGCAAGCUACAGUGUCAUCAUAGUAGACGAGGCCCACGAGAGGACACUGCAUACGGACAUUCUGUUUGGCCUGGUCAAAGACAUUGCGAGGUUUCGGCCAGAUCUCAAGCUGCUCAUCUCCUCUGCCACUCUGGAUGCUGAGAAGUUCUCGGAGUUCUUUGACGACGCACCCAUUUUCAAGAUUCCCGGUAGGAGGUUUCCUGUGGACAUAUACUACACCAAGGCACCCGAGGCGGACUACCUGGAUGCCUGCGUGGUCACGGUGUUGCAGAUCCACAUCACCCAGCCCCUUGGGGACAUCCUGGUCUUUCUCACCGGCCAGGAGGAGAUUGAGUCAUGCCAGGAGCUGCUCAUGGAGCGCACACGGAAACUGGGGUCCAAGGUUCGUGAGCUCCUCAUCUUGCCCAUCUACUCCAAUCUGCCCUCGGAAUUGCAAGCCAAGAUCUUUGAGCCAACGCCUCCUGGUGCCAGAAAGGUUGUCUUGGCAACCAACAUAGCAGAAACCUCCCUGACCAUUGAUGGCAUCAUUUAUGUCAUUGACCCUGGGUUCUGCAAGCAGAACAGCUACAAUGCACGGACUGGAAUGGACUCCCUUGUGGUCACCCCCAUUUCUAAGGCAUCGGCGAGGCAGCGGUCGGGCCGGGCAGGGCGGGUGGCGGCGGGCAAGUGCUUCCGGCUAUACACGGCCUGGGCGUACGAGCACGAGCUGGAGGACAACAGCAUCCCCGAGAUCCAGCGGGUGAACCUGGGCAACGUGGUGCUCAUGCUCAAGUCCCUGGGCAUCAACGACCUCCUGCACUUCGACUUCCUGGACCCGCCUGCGCACGAGACGCUCGUGCUGGCACUGGAGCAGCUGUAUGCGCUGGGGGCCCUGAACCACAUGGGGGAGCUGACGAAGCUGGGACGGCGCAUGGCCGAGUUCCCUGUGGACCCGAUGAUGGCCAAGAUGCUGCUGGCCUCGGAAAAGUACCGGUGCUCGGAGGAAGUGCUCACCGUGGCCGCCAUGCUCUCGGUGAACAGCUCCAUCUUCUACCGGCCUAAAGACAAGAUCGUGCAUGCUGACACGGCCCGCAAGAACUUCUUCAGCCCCGGCGGCGACCACCUAACCCUUAUGUGCGUCUACAACCAGUGGGCCGAGACGGACUUCUCGACGCAGUGGUGCUACGAGAACUUCAUCCAGCACCGGUCCAUGAAGAGGGCCAGGGACAUCCGGGACCAGCUGGAGGGGCUCAUGGAGCGGGUCGAGAUCGAGCUGGUCUCGGACCGCUCCGACACAGUGGCCAUCCGCAAGGCAAUUACGGCCGGCUACUUCUACAACACUGCCCGCUUCUCGAAGGGAGGCCACUACAAGACGGUAAAGCACCAGCAAACGGUGAUGAUCCACCCCAAUAGCUCUCUCUUCGAAGACCUGCCACGCUGGGUCAUCUACUUUGAGCUCGUCUUCACCACCAAGGAGUUCAUGCGACAGGUGAUAGAGAUUGAGAACAGCUGGCUGCUGGAGGUGGCACCUCACUACUACAAGGCCAAGGACCUAGAUGACAGUUCCAUGAAGAAGAUGCCCAAGAACACGGGCAAAGCUCGGGCCGAUCUCGUCAGGGCACAAUGAGGGCCGCUCAAUCGAUAGACUCGCUCAUCAUCUCUUUGAACUCCCUCUUCAUUUUUUACACACCGAAGAAAAAAAACUCUACAAGGUGUCACUGCGGCACGUCUGAUUGUACAUAACUGCGCAGUCUGUACAUAGCUUUGGCGAAGAAAAAUUUCUGCCAAAUAAACAUAAUUUCGAAUCAUAAA